GUUGCUAGACAGGCUGCCUGACAGACUGCUGCCAUCGCCCGCCUGGUUGCUGCUAACACUACUGUUCGUCUUCCACGGGAGCUGGUUGUGUUGUGCGGCUACAUCCACGGUUUAGCGAACAGAGCGGGGAUUCGGCACAGUAAUGUCUGAGGAAGUUGAAGGAACGAGGACUUUGAAUGAGCAGCAGGAAAUGGAGGACAAAGUAAUCAGCCCAGAGAAAGCAGAGGAGGCCAAACUGAAGGCCAGGUAUCCCAACCUUGCACCCAAGCAUGGAGGCUCAGACUUUCUCAGGAAAAGACUUCAGCAGAAGGGGCAAAAGUAUUUUGACUCUGGUGACUACAACAUGGCCAAGGCAAAAAUGAAGAAUAAACAGUUGCCAUCAGCUCCAACGGAGAAGACUGAGAUCACAGGGGACCACAUCCCAACACCUCAGGACCUGCCUCAAAGAAAGACUUCCAUUGUGACCAGCAAACUGGCUGGUUGAUGGUUCCACAUUUACUGUUUUGCUACCAUUCCAGCGCCCACCUAAUUUCUACCUGUUGUUUACGUUUUGGUUACUUUUCUCCAUUGUAUGUAUUCUCUAAGAACAAGUUGUAUACCAAGCCAAAUACUUGAGAACAAUUGGCGAUUGUCAGGCACCUAAUUGUCAAUGAGAAAAGUCCAGCAAAGUAGUAGCUGAAAGUGUUUCUCAAGAUCUUAAACAAAACCGAACACUUCUUGAUUUCUGAACAUAUCACACUCGUAAAUAUGAAUGGAUGUUAAUGUUUUCCUAUUUCCAUAGAACAUUUUCACUUUUAAGGAUAUAUGCCUCCAUACAGAUUGUCUGACAGCAGUUGAAGAACUUGGGUGAAGCUAUCCAAAGAAGUUUAAAUCAAUCCACUGGACUUUAAGAAAGUUCCUUGAAGACGUUUCACCUCUCAUCCAAGAGGCUUCUUCAGUUCUGGUGGUGGUUGGUGUAAGUCCAGUGGAUUGAUUUGAACUUCUUUGGAUAACCAUGACCUGGAUGAAUGAGAACCUACACAGACAACUUGGGUGAAGCUUUUGUUUCCUUCAGUGCAAAGGAAUCUUCUUCCUCUGUUUUACUGAUAAUUGAGGCAAAAAAAUUGUAAUUGUGAAAAAGUGUAAUUUGCAGUCUUUUCCUUUGCAACUGUUCAUGUACUCAUAUGGAGGCAUGUCUGUUUAAAUAGUGAAAAGUGAAGUAAUCCUUUUUUUUCUAAUCUUGUUUGUGUCCUGUCUGUGUGAUGCUAUUUAAUUCAGUGCUUUCAAAGUACUGAACACUAGAUGAUACACGCUUUGUAGCCAGUUGUGUUUAGUUCACAUCAGUAACAUUGGUUUGCAAUGACUUGCUGCUGGUCUCCAUCUCACCCUGACCUCUAAAAUGGCCUUAAAAGUAAUGAACCGUUGUUCCUCUUGAGCAAUAUUUGCUCCCUCAGUGAGAAUCUUAGUUGUGAAUCUUGCCUGAAAUGUCUUUCACUGUCUGACUGGAAUCACGUAGGAUUUUAUGGAAGAGAAACUCCCUUGACAUGUCUGGAGUGUGGAUGCGCAUUCACUGUGCAGUCACACUGUGCCAUUUAUUUUGUAAAUAAAAUAAUUUUGCAUAAUA